AUGGAAACGUUAACCCGCUCGGAUCAAAACGGACUGCAAUGCAAAGAGACCCACAACAAUCACAAUACGUCACAGAAACAUGUCUGGGGUCCAGAAGUCACGUCUGGUCAGCACAAACAGGAAGUCUUUGAAAAGGCGCCCAUGCACGUGGCUGUCAUGACAUACGUGGGCUUUGGCAUCGUCACCCUCUUUGGCUACUUCCGAGACUUUCUCAGAGCUGUGGGCUUAGAGAAGCGCAAUCUCGCACAGGAACGAGAAGAACAGAAGGAUUUUGUACCACUUUAUCAAGACUUUGAGAACUUCUACACUCGCAACUUGUACAUGAGAGUACGAGACAACUGGAACCGGCCAUUAUGCAGCCUUCCGGGACCUGUCAUUGACCUAAUGGAGAGAGUUUCUGAUGACUACAACUGGACGUUCAGAUUAACUGGCAGGACAAUACACAAUGUCAUCAACAUGGGCUCCUACAACUACCUUGGCUUUGCAGAGAACAAUGCCGAUCACCUUGAAACAGUGGCAGACAAAAUGCGGCAGUAUGGUGUUGGCGUUUGUAGCACACGGCAGGAAACAGGCACUCUGGACAUUCAUGUAGAGCUUGAGAAUCUAGUGGCUGAUUUCCUUGGAGUGGAAUCCUCCAUGGUUUUUGGAAUGGGUUUUGCCACCAACUCCAUGAACAUUCCUGCACUUGUUGGAAAGGGCUGUUUGAUCCUGAGUGAUGAGCUCAACCACACCUCUCUCAUUUUAGGAGCUCGAUUAUCAAGAGCGACCAUAAAGGUGUUCAAACACAACGACAUGGCCCAUUUGGAGAAAGAGUUAAGAGACUCAAUCUGCUCUGGCCAGCCUCGGACACACAGGCCCUGGAAGAAAAUCAUGAUUAUGGUGGAAGGCAUCUAUAGCAUGGAGGGCUCAGUGGUACGACUCCCUGAACUGAUCGCUUUGAAGAAGAAAUACAAGGCUUAUCUGUACCUGGAUGAGGCCCACAGCAUCGGGGCAGUUGGGUCACGAGGCAGGGGUGUGACAGAGCUGUUUGGAGUGAACCCAGCAGAUGUGGAUGUGAUGAUGGGCACCUUCACCAAGAGCUUUGGUGCUGCUGGAGGCUAUAUUGCGGGCAAAAAAGAGUUGAUCGACUACCUGCGUAGCCGGUCCCACAGUGCCAUGUACACCUCGGGCAUGUCUCCUCCUAUCGCUGAGCAGAUCAUACGGGCAAUCAAGUGCAUCACGGGACAAGAUGGCAGUACAGAGGGUAUCAGGCGCAUCCGACAAUUGGCUCAGAACACCAGAUACUUCCGAACAAGGGUGAAGAAAAUGGGUUUCAUCAUCUACGGCAACGACGAUUCCCCCGUGGUCCCAAUACUACUCUACAUGCCGGGAAAAGUGGUAGCUUUCGCUCGGGAAAUGCUUGAAAGGAAAAUUGCUGUGGUCGUGGUCGGCUUCCCCGCCACACCAAUAACCGAAGCCCGCGCUCGCUUCUGUAUAUCUGCUGCCCACACCCAAGACAUGCUUGACGAGGUGCUACACCACCUGGACGAGGUCGGAGACGCGCUAGGUCUGAAGUUCUCUCGACGGAAAUAA